CAGGACGGACCGGGUCCGGAACCAGCUCUAACCGGGUCCUCUGAUCCAGAGACAGGAACAAAGGCACAUGAGCUUUAUUGGGAAAGUUCGGGUCUCUAUCGGGCUCGGAUCAGGACUUGCUGGUUUACGGUCCUCAGGGUCUCGGUCCUCCGGGUCGGUUCCUCUGGACCCACGAGGUUCUGAAGAACCCUGAAGUCACCGCGUGAUUCCGUGUUUUCAUUCAGCACGCGCUUCUUCCGAGGACACGCGCACAGACAGACGGCUCGAUCGGUUGAUUGAUUGAUCGGUUGAUUGAUUGACAGGUCAUGUGUAGAGUCCUGUUCUCAUCAUGGACCUUCCUCUGAUGAUGAUGAUGAUGAUGAUGAUGAAGAUGUCUUCCAGCAGCAGAGUGACGGAGACCUUCAGAGGGACCAGAACCAGACGUUACGCCAUCAACCCUCUGGGACACAAGUGGACUCACCACAACAUCACCUACAGAGACCCAGAGAGACCAUGGCUGAACGACCUGGUCCAGGUGGCGGCUCAUGAGAUCGGUCAUGCUCUCGGUUUGUGGCACUCCAGAGACCUUCAGGCUCUGAUGCAUCCUAACGCUACGUACACGGGUCAGAGGAACGUGGCCCAGGACGACGUGUGGGGCAUCCAGAGGCUCUACGGUUGUCUGGAUAAGAAGCGGGUCUGUGGUCCGUGGGCUCGUCUGGGUUUCUGUGAGCGGAGGAGAACCUUCAUGAAGAAGAACUGUCCUCAGAGAUGUGAUCUCUGUUACGAGCCUUUGGAGGCGGUUGCCACGCCGACGCCACCUCCGGCCAACGUCAAGAUCAAGAUGGUUCCUCGAGGGAAGGUGGUCGGGUUCCGCUGUGGAACCAAGAACGUCCGCUUACCGCCCAAAGUCAGCUGGUAUAAAGACGGCGAGCAGAUCUUGACCUCCAUACCCGGUUACAUCGUCAUGAAGGACCGAGACCUCCGCAUCGUCGCCAACGAGUUCAACGAGGGCGUUUACACCUGUUGCGUCCACCGCCGGGGAGACAUCGUGUCCGCCAACUCCUGGUCCAUCCGACUGAAGCCAGACCCGCCCUCCAACAGCUGAGGACAAAACCAUGAAUAACGAGAUGAAGGGAGGUGCUGGUUUUAACUUUUGUAGAAUGACAGAUCGAUACGUUUGGAUCUGUGGAGCUGCAGAACAUCAGAUGUUCAAUGUCUUCUGAUCUCAAAGCAGGAAGUUCAGAACAUGUUUGGAUCUUUUUACAUGAUUUCUGGUGGUUUGUUCAACACAUAGAUUUUUUCCAAAAGCUCUGAGACCAGAUGGUUAAGGACACCUGUCCUUGUAAUCCUCAAGGCAUGACGUCAUGUCCUCCUAAUCCUGCAGGACCUCUUUUAAGUAUAGAAAUCUUAGCAUAAUGUCAUGUCCUCAUAAUGAAAUACAACAUCAAUAAUUAAGUAAAAUAAAUAAGGUACAUAUUCUGUAAAUGUGACCACAGCAGCUCGUUUAUUAUUAAUACAUAUCUACCUUUUACAGUUUGACCCUCAGGGCCACCGUACAUUUUAUUGUGUUGAGGUAACAGUGUUAUAAAGCUGUUAUUACAUAUUUAUUAAUGUCACUGCAGUUAUUGCU